AUGUCGAACCACUGUUUAUCAAGUGCUAAUUUCCUCACUGUCGGAGGAACCGGCUCCUUUCCCUUGCAACGAAAACCAGUUCUCUUCUCCGUCACUCCCUUUUCUCGCUCUCAGAACCUCUCAUCCUCAAUUGUCACCGCCUCUUCUAAAAAGAAAAACAAGAAAAAAUUGACUCAUGUUACAGAGGGGAAUGAAGAGGAGGAAGAUGCAUUUGAACUGCUCUUCAAGCAACUUGAAGAAGAUCUCAAAAACGAUGACUUAUCGAUAGACGAUAUGGACGACGACGACGAAAUAACGGAAGAGGAAAUGGCUAUGUUAGAAGGUGAUUUGGAAGCUUUGUUAGGUGAUUUUGAUGGUGAAUCUUUGAACUCAGAUACUGCGGAAACACAGAAUGAAAAAACCAGCAAGGAUGGAAGUGAUAAUUCGCUGAACCUUAGAACUUGGCAAUUGAAUAAAUUGGCAAGAGCCUUGAAAGCUGGACGCCGCAAAAUAAGUAUAAAAACUCUUGCCGCUGAUCUCUGUCUUGAUAGAGAUAUUGUUCUUGAUUUGCUUCGUAACCCUCCUCCGAAUCUUCUGAUGAUGAGCUUAUCUAUACCUGAUGAACCCACACCAUCAGCAAUAACUACGCCAGCAGAGAAUUUUUAUCAAGAAACAAGUGCAGAUCAAGCAGAAUCUGUACCCAAGCCUAACUUACCUAUUCAUACCAUGCAACAGGAUUGGUCUUCUCGAAAGCGAUUGAAAAAGAUCCACCUUGACACUCUGGAGAGAGUUUACGCGAGAUCAAAGCGGCCCACUAAUACAUUGAUUAGUAACAUUGUGCAUCUUACAAACAUUCCGCGGAAAAGAGUUAUCAAGUGGUUUGAAGACAGACGCGCCCAGGAUGGAGUUCCAGAAGAGCGCCUUCCUUAUCAGCACCCUGCUAAAGAAUCUGCUUGA